AAGAAGAUAUGGAAGCGCCUUUCUUUCUCUAAGAACAGCUGCUGCUGGUCUGCUACGCUUCUGGAUCUUUUGCUACAACGUCCAUGUUUCUUAUUUAUUUAUUUAUUUUCAAUCUCUCCGAGUAAACGUUAUAGAAAAGAUAUAUAGGAGGAGAAAACAAUCUAAAUUUGUAUUUUAUUUCAUAUGCGAUCUUCUUCCAGAUUUUCAAAUUUUAUUUGUAGGAAGUCUUCUCCAGUUCUCCCUGUCCUCAUCUCUUUCUGCGAAUUCGGCAUGGCAUCUCCAGGAGAUCUGGUUAGUGGAUUGUUCUUAAAGCCUUACGGUUGAAAACUUGUUUUGGGCACAGGUUUCUGGUGCAAACUCUCACACGCUAACUGAAUUAACUGAAUGGGUUCUUCAGAUAUUUGAGACAGUUGGGUUUUAGGCAGAAAAGUCCAAUUGACCCCAUUUUUUGUAUUCCCUGAAAAAUGGAUAUCAGCAAUGAGGCCAGCAUUGUUCCAUUCUCAAUUGGACCAUCUACAAUAAUUGGCCGGACCAUUGCUUUUAGAAUCUUGUUCUUUAAGUCGAUGUUGCAGUUCAGGCAGCAGAUCUUUGGCAUUAUAAGGAAUUGUCUUCGGCAUUUUAGGGAGUAUGCGAUACCACUGAUCUCCUGGUUACAUCCCAAAAAUCCUCAAGGGAUAUUGGCAAUGGUGACACUCAUAGCUUUUUUGCUCAAUAGAUACAAAAAUGUUAAACAGAAGGCUGAAUUGGCUAACAUGAGGAAAUUCUGGAGGAAUAUGAUGAGAACUGCUCUAACAUACGAGGAAUGGGCACAUGCAGCUAAGAUGCUUGAGAAGGAGACACCGAAAAUGAAUGAAUCAGAUCUCUAUGACGAGGAACUGGUUAAAAAUAAGCUCCAGGAGCUACAGCACCGUCGCCAGGAGGGUUCUCUCAAAGAUAUAAUAUUCUGGAUGCGUGCUGAUCUAGUCAGAAAUCUAGGUAAUAUGUGCAAUCCAGAACUUCACAAGGGUCGCCUUCAGGUUCCCAGGCUCAUAAAGGAGUACAUUGAUGAGGUCUCCACUCAGCUGAGAAUGGUAUGCCACUCGGACUCUGAGGAGUUGCUCUUGGAAGAGAAGCUUGCAUUUAUGCAUGAAACAAGGCAUGCCUUUGGGAGGACAGCGUUGCUUUUGAGUGGUGGUGCAUCCCUGGGAGCUUUUCAUAUCGGUGUGGUGAAGACUCUUGUUGAGCAUAAACUUUUGCCUCGAAUAAUUGCAGGUUCUAGUGUGGGAUCCAUCAUGUGUUCAAUUGUCGCCACUAUGUUAUGGCCUGAGCUUCAAAGUUUCUUCGAAGAUUCUUUGCACUCAUUAAAGUUCUUUGAUCAGAUGGGUGGGAUUUUAACUGUCUUCAAGAGGGUUAUGACACAAGGUGCCGUUCAUGAUAUAAGGCAGUUGCAGAUUUUACUGAGACACCUUACUAGUAAUCUAACAUUUCAAGAAGCAUAUGACAUGACUGGCCGGAUUCUUGGGAUCACGGUUUGCUCGCCAAGGAAGCAUGAGCCUCCAAGAUGCCUCAACUACUUGACAUCGCCUCAUGUUGUUAUAUGGAGUGCAGUGACUGCUUCUUGUGCUUUUCCUGGCCUGUUUGAGGCGCAGGAAUUGAUGGCAAAGGAUAGAAGUGGUGAGAUUGUUCCUUUUCACCCACCAUUUAAUUUUGGUCCUAAAGAAGGUCAAGGCGCACCAGUACGCAGAUGGAGGGAUGGUAGCUUGGAGAUUGAUUUACCUAUGAUGCAACUGAAGGAGCUGUUUAAUGUCAAUCAUUUUAUUGUUAGUCAGGCAAAUCCUCAUAUUGCACCUUUUUUGAGGCUAAAAGAGCUUGUGAGAGCUUAUGGGGGCAACUUUGCUGCCAAGCUUGCUCAUCUUUCCGAAAUGGAAGUGAAGCACAGAUUCAACCAAAUACUGGAACUCGGUUUUCCAUUGGGAGGACUUGCAAAGCUGUUUGCUCAGGAUUGGGAGGGUGAUGUGACCAUAGUUAUGCCUGCUACUCUUGCUCAGUAUUCAAAAAUUAUACAGAACCCAUCUCAUGUGGAGCUUCAAAAGGCUGCUAACCAGGGCAGGAGGUGCACCUGGGAAAAGCUCUCUGCCAUAAAGGCCAACUAUGGCAUUGAGCUUGCACUAGACGAGUGUGUUGCAGUCCUCAAUCACAUGCGUAGGCUCAAAAAGAGUGCUGACAGGGCAGCUGCUUCACAUGGAUUAGGCAGCACAAAUAGGUUCAAUGCUUCCCGGAGGAUCCCCUCGUGGAAUAGCAUUGCACGGGAAAACUCAACAGGGUCCCUUGAAGAAGAAAUUAUUUCAGAUGGUGGUGGACCCUCAGGAGCAUAUCCAGGCCGGAACUUCCAUCUCCACCGUAACAUGCAUGAGGGAAGUGAUAAUGAGUCAGAGAAUGUGGACCUUAAUUCUUGGACAAGAUCUGGUGGUCCUUUGAUGAGGACAAUGUCAGCGAAUAAGUUCAUUGAAUUUGUCAAAAAUCUGGAUAUUGAUGCCGAACUAAACAAGUCCUGGACAAGAGAAGACGAAUUGAAAGGGUUUCAAUCUAACUCUUAUGUGAUUCAUAUGGCAAGAAAGGAUCCCUAUAAUCAUAGCUUCAGCUUAGCAGUAGCAGACAGAAGCUCAGAGAACAUGGAGUUUGAUCAGCAGGAUGGAAGUAAUGGAGUUCUGGCUACCACAUCCAGUAUCACAGUGACUGAAGGGGACCUGUUGCAACCUGAAAGGAUCAACAAUGGAAUUGUGUUUAAUGUUGUGAAGAAGGAAGACCUGCGGUCCCAGAGGCGUCAUGAUUCUGAUAGUCACUACAGUUCAUCUCAGCGUCCAGUUGCAGAAUGUGUGCAACUUGAGAGUUUAGGCAAGGAUAUGGAUGCCAGUUCAGCUUCUGAAUGUGAUGAGGAUGAUGCAACAGUCUCUAAAUGCAUCAAUGACAUGGCUUCCCACCACAAUCCUGAGGAUCAUUCUGGCUUAUAUGCUGGUAAUUGUCAAGAUAUGGACAGUUGAAAUUGGAACCUCUAUUUUUGUAAAUUUAGAUAUAACAUAAGAUGCAAUUCGUUCCAUGAAUGAGGUUAGGCUAAGUUCUGCUAUUGGGAGCAGAAGGGGUGGCUCCCUUAUACAAAAAGAUUAAAUUUUACUGAUGUUUGUAGCUCUAAGUCUCAAAACAUCAAAUUUCACUGGGGUUGAGUCAGAGUAGCACCUCAACAGAACACAGGCAUAAUAAUCUCCAUUGGCAAAUGGCAACAGAAGAGUUAAUUGUGAAAUGUUUAUGGGAAAAACUGCUGAACAAAUGUAAACUGAUCGCGCAGAUUAAUGUGUCUGAAACAGAACACAGCAGUCCCAGACACUGGUGCAAGAAAAGAAGAAUGAAUGAAUAUUUUAAGUUCUUUGAAUGAAAUAUUGCUUUCAUCUCCUUCAACUUAGUUUACUUGUAUGUUCUAAAGUAGGAUAACCUACCAAACCUUUUUGUGAUGUAUGAUCAGUUGAGAUCUUGUACAUUGGUCCAGGUCUAUUUAUUUCUUGUUUAUGUACAGUUCCUAAAAUAUUCUAGUUCAUGGUAUUUAAAAUUUUUUUUA